CACUAUCCCUCUCUUUGAAAAUUCCUGCCGCGCCAUUAUUAAUCAACCCCUCUUCUCCGCUCUCUCUCUUUUCCAUCUUUUUUAACGGUCCUUCGCCGCUGCACAAUCAAUACUCUCUCUCUAUACCUUUCCCUCCAUUCCGCAAUUCUACUGUCCUUACGUUUCCUUCGCUAUCUCGGAUCCCUUUACAAUUACAACACCAUGCCUUUAUCAUCUACCGAAGGGCCGGAAUCCUCUUGUCGGCACCACAACUACAGCAGGAAACAGAAAUCUCUCGGUCUCCUUUGCACUAAUUUCUUGAGCUUGUAUGAUAGGGACGGUAUUGAAGUCAUUGGGCUGGAUGAUGCUGCCUCGAAAUUAGGCGUUGAGAGACGGCGGAUCUAUGAUAUUGUUAAUGUUUUAGAGAGCGUUGGAGUUCUUGCAAGAAAAGCAAAGAAUAAAUAUACUUGGAAAGGGUUUGGGGCAAUCCCUAAAGCUUUACAGGAGUUGAAGGAGGAGGGUUUGAGAGAGAAUUUAAGCAGUUUUGAUAAGCAGCAGAGCAGUAAUUGUGAGAAAUUAUCAGAUGAUGAAAAUGAUGAUGAAGAUGACUGUGAUUCCAACCCGAACACUGGAAGCCAGAAUGAUAAUUUAAUUCCCAGUGGCAUUGUUAAAUCAAAGGCAGCAUCAAGAUUUGAUAACAGAAAAGAAAAAUCAUUGGGACUUCUCACACAGAAUUUUGUCAAGCUCUUUGUUUGCUCUAAAGUGGAUCUAAUCUCCCUUGAUGAAGCUGCAAAACUAUUGCUUGGGGAUGCCCACAAUUCGUCAAUAAUGAGAACAAAAGUAAGACGGCUGUAUGACAUUGCAAACGUAUUGUCUUCCUUGAAACUUAUUGAAAAGACUCAUACAGCAGAGGCCAGGAAACCAGCCUUCAGGUGGUUGGGUUUGAGAGGGAAACCUGAGAGUGGAUCAGGCGAUUCUUUGGCCGAGUCUAGAAAAAGAACAUUCGGAGCUGAUGUUACUAACAUUUGUUUCAAAAGAAAUAAAGUGGAUUCUUCAGCUGAUGGAGAAAAAAGCAACAAUUUAAAAUUGCCGAACCAAAUAAAAGUCGAGAAUGUAGUAACAAUUGCAGAUACAAGCACUUCGGGUCAGGAUUUCCCUACGAGUUACCAGUUUGGCCCUUUUGCUCCUGUUACAGUGGCCAAAGUUGGUGGCUCGGAUAACAAAUUGACUCAAACUCAUGAUUGGGAGAGUCUUGCGUCUACUUACCGUCCUCAUUAUCACAACCAAGCUUUGAGAGAACUUUUUGCUCAUUACAUGGAAGCAUGGAAAUCAUGGUACACUGAAGUCGCUGGGAAGAAGAACCAAUACAAGAAGUCUCCUGAUGCUUCACCUCUCUGCAUUGCCCAAUGAACUUCAAAUAAUUUGGGUUUUUCAUACUUUUUAGGGGAAAAGAGAAGAGUUGUGGCCUUACGUUGGAUGCAACUACUCUUAUGCCCAUCCUCCGGAUAUUUUAUUUCAUUUAUCUUAGUGUUGAGAUUUGUACACAUGAUUGCACGCUUGAGUGCUACAAAUUUAUACUCAAUUUCUACCAUCUAAUGCAUCCAAGCAAGUGGAAAAGAAUAUUCUGUGCCUUUCCGUUUUUCCUAUGGAAGGGCAAUUAAAUGCUUAACUUUUCUAUUGUUCCUGGC